CCGGGGCGAGCCUCGGGCGGCCCAACUUUGCGGCUCCUAGCCGGCUCCCAGGCGGGAGUUGUGAGGCGUGGCUGGGUGGAGGAGGCGCUUGGGGGGGCGUGGGGCUCCCCGGCGGGCGGGAGGACCGAGCGAGCCGCGCUGGACAAUGAGCUGGGCAGCUCGACGCUGCGGCCACUUUUAGGGGGGGCGCGACGCGGCCGCUGCCUCCGCGGCCCCACCUGCAGGGAGAGGGCGGGAUGUCAGAGCCAGGUGUCCCGGCGCUCUGAGCCCCCUUGCAGUCAGGCGUCCCUGAACUGGUUCCCGCAUUGACACCAGGCUACCUGGAGGCUUUGGCCGGGACGUGUUUUUCGUGGGGAGCCCUCGGUGCAGCCGUGAUGGCCAGCACCAGAAGUAUUGAGCUGGAGCACUUUGAGGAACGGGACAAAAGGCCGCGGCCGGGGUCGCGGCGAGGGGCGCCGGGCUCCUCCGGGGGCAGCAGCAGCUCGGGCCCCAAGGGAAACGGGCUCAUCCCCAGCCCGGCGCACAGUGCCCACUGCAGCUUCUACCGCACGCGGACCCUGCAGGCCCUGAGCUCGGAGAAGAAGGCCAAGAAGGCGCGCUUCUACCGGAAUGGGGACCGCUACUUCAAGGGCCUGGUGUUUGCCAUCUCCAGCGACCGCUUCCGGUCCUUCGAUGCGCUGCUCAUGGAGCUCACUCGCUCCCUGUCAGACAACGUGAACCUGCCCCAGGGCGUCCGCACCAUCUACACCAUCGACGGCAGCAGGAAGGUCACCAGCCUGGACGAGCUGCUGGAAGGUGAGAGUUAUGUGUGUGCAUCGAACGAACCAUUUCGUAAAGUUGAUUACACCAAAAAUAUUAAUCCGAACUGGUCUGUAAACAUCAAGGGUGGGACUACCCGAGCCUUGGCUGCUCCCUCCUCGGUGAAAAGUGAAGUGAAGGAAAGUAAAGAUUUCAUCAAACCCAAAUUAGUGACCGUGAUUCGAAGUGGAGUGAAGCCUAGAAAAGCCGUGCGGAUCCUUCUAAAUAAGAAGACUGCUCAUUCCUUUGAACAAGUCUUAACAGAUAUCACCGAAGCCAUUAAAUUAGACUCAGGAGUGGUCAAGAGGCUCUGCACACUGGAUGGAAAGCAGGUUACUUGUCUGCAAGACUUUUUUGGUGAUGAUGAUGUUUUUAUUGCAUGUGGACCUGAAAAAUUCCGUUAUGCCCAAGAUGACUUUGUCCUGGAUCACAGUGAAUGCCGUGUCUUGAAGUCAUCUUAUUCUCGCUCCUCAGCUGUUAAGUAUUCCGGAUCCAAAAGCCCUGGGCCCUCUCGACGCAGCAAAUCACCAGCUUCAGUAAAGAGGAGUGGCCACCACUCCAGUGCCUACUCUACAGCCAAAUCCCCAGUUAAUGGAACUCCCAGCAGCCAGCUUUCCACUCCUAAAUCUACAAAAUCCUCCAGUUCCUCUCCAACUAGCCCGGGAAGUUUCAGAGGAUUAAAGCAGGUUUCUGGACACGGCAGGUCUUCUUCCAAUGUAAAUGGUGGACCUGAACUUGAUCGUUGCAUGAGUCCUGAAGGUGUGAAUGGAAACAGGUGCUCUGAAUCAUCAACUCUUCUUGAGAAAUACAAAAUUGGGAAGGUUAUUGGUGACGGCAAUUUUGCAGUAGUCAAAGAGUGCAUGGACAGGUCCACUGGAAAGGAGUUUGCCCUAAAGAUUAUAGACAAAGCCAAAUGUUGUGGAAAGGAGCACCUGAUUGAGAAUGAAGUGUCAAUACUGCGCCGAGUGAAACAUCCAAAUAUCAUCAUGCUGGUUGAGGAAAUGGAAACGGCUACUGAGCUCUUUCUGGUGAUGGAAUUGGUCAAAGGUGGAGAUCUCUUUGAUGCAAUUACCUCUUCAACCAAGUACACGGAGAGGGACGGCAGCGCCAUGGUGUACAACCUGGCCAACGCCCUCAGGUAUCUCCAUGGCCUCAGCAUUGUGCACAGAGACAUCAAGCCAGAAAACCUCUUGGUGUGUGAAUAUCCUGAUGGCACCAAAUCUUUGAAACUGGGUGACUUUGGGCUGGCCACUGUGGUGGAAGGCCCUUUAUACACAGUCUGUGGCACACCAACUUACGUGGCUCCAGAAAUCAUUGCUGAAACUGGCUAUGGCCUGAAGGUGGACAUUUGGGCAGCAGGCGUGAUAACCUACAUACUUCUCUGUGGAUUCCCACCAUUCCGAAGUGAGAACAAUCUCCAAGAAGAUCUCUUCGACCAGAUCUUGGCUGGGAAGCUGGAGUUUCCAGCCCCCUACUGGGAUAACAUCACGGACUCGGCAAAGGAGUUAAUCAGUCAAAUGCUUCAGGUAAACGUUGAAGCUCGGUGUACCGCAGGACAAAUCCUGAGUCACCCCUGGGUGUCAGAUGAUGCCUCCCAGGAGAAUAAUAUGCAAGCUGAAGUAACAGGUAAACUAAAACAGCACUUUAAUAAUGCGCUCCCCAAACAGAACAGCACCACCACCGGGGUAUCUGUUAUCAUGUUUGAUUUGACAGUUUGAGAGAUGCUUCAGAGUUUCACUCUUUACCCAGUUGAGACUGUGGGGACUCCUGAAGCAGAAUUCUGGUAUUCAACAUGUUGUGCUUAAUCAGAGGCACUUCUAAUUCCCAGCCCCUCUUAAACCUGCCUGCUUGUCUCAGACUUCUGACACCAGCGUCCAGCUCUUGGCUUCUUAUCGAUGCGGGUCUCCUGUACCACUGACAUCCUUUUCAGCCAGCCAAGCACAGCCUUGGAAAAUUCUCACAACUUCAGCUUGCCACAUUGCCUUCCUUCCCAGAUCUAAAGCUGGCGAGUGCAUGGGAGGGGACUCCGUGAGUU